AUGCGGCCGUCAGCCGCGGACGCGACGAACGCGGCCGUCAGUCGCGGACGCGACGAACGCGGCCGUCAGCCGCGGACGCGACGAACGCGGCCGUCAGCCGCGGACGCGACGAACGCGGCCGUCAGCCGUCAAGUCGGUGUCGUCCACCUCCCAUCCCUCCCUCCUCCUCUCAUGGCCGACGAAUCAACCUCGCUUGAGCUUGCCUUCAUCGACAAGCUCGAGCUCCUCAACGGCACCACCGCCGUCAAUUGGGUGUCGUUUGAGGAGAGCCUCUUCACGUACCUGGGCUCCGUUCGAGUAGGAGAUUACUGCCUCCUAGACGUUGUCCUCGAAACACCUAAUGGCCUCCCCCCCACUCCGCCCCCACUCUCGGGCUCCUCCCCCCCCGACGCCCCACCACUCCCGACCGAACCUGCCCCCCAAGCCCCUAUCCUAGGGGCUUGGGAGGAUGAUCCGGACAGGUGGGCUCGCACGCUCAACAAAUACAACAAGGAGCGGGACGACUAUGUCAUCAAAAGCAGAGCACACGCAGCUGCCAUCGCCGAUCACGAAGCUGCCACUGCAAAACUUGCAGAAUUCAAAGCCGCCUCCGAAGAGUACUCUGCUAAGCUCCGUAAGCACCACUCCGAUACAGCUGCAUGGCGCAUUGCUGACCGCCAUGCACUUACUAUCAUCUUCUCAUGCGUUCCCUCCUCUCUCAAGCGUGACCUUCGCCCCCCAUCCUCCCUCUCCCUCUGGAAGUCUCUCUCCUCCCAAUAUGAUCGCCAGGACUUACGUUCCCUCCUCUCCCUCUUUCGCACCUUCCAAGACAUCACACUGGACUCCUCCCUCAACGCUGCUUCCUUCGCUCGGCGCCUCACGGACACUGCACAACGUCUCAAUGAUCGUGGCAUCUUGAUCUCCGACACCCUCCUCACAGCACGCAUCCUUGACUGCCUCCCACCCACCUACGACACUUACCGCAUCAAUUUCACCUCCCAGCACAUCCGUCCUCCUCCUGUGCAGUUACCAUCGACUGGCUCCUUGACAGUGAGGCUGACCUUCUGCGUGAAUCUGCCUCCAUCAAUGGCGUUCAUGCGCGCAAAGGAACAAACACCGGCGGAAGCAGCGGGGGCGGACCAGGUCGUGGCUCGGGCAGUGGUGGAAGAGGAGGCGGUCGCGGAGGUGGACGAGGAGGGCGCACUGGGGAACGUGGCGGGCGUGGGGCAACCACUUCAACCACGGGUGGGCUCCCUCCGUGCCAGUAUGUCAUUCGCCAAGGCCCUAACAAAGACUUCCCCCCCCUCCCUCCUCGCCCUCACCGGUACUCUCCUCCCCCCCCGCUUCAGCCCCCUCACUCCAGAUCCACUGCGCAACCGCUCCGCGCUCCUGACUGCACCACCACGCAGCCGAGCAGCAGCACUUCCAUGUCUCAGAUUCGACCUCCAGCGCAGCUGUCUUGCAUCUUCACCACCCCCUCUACCUCCUCCUCUCUCUCCUCUCCUCUAUGAAGACACCCACGACGAACUCCUCUUCCUCCACCUCCUCGCGCCCUCCAUCGCCCCCAUCGUCCGCACCAUGGCGGGCACUCCAGUUCUUCUUUUCUCGGGCACCCCCACCAUCUUCGAACCCACCACGUAUGAGGAGGCUAUUGCCUGCCUCGACGCACCGCUCUGGAUUGAAGCCAUGCAUCUCGCCGUUUGGGAUGACGCGAACGUGCGGCGCGAAGGUGGAGUUGUGUGCACGGAUGUUCCUAAGCGCGUUUCCGACGCCAUUCGCAACACGAAGGAAACGAAGAAGACGGCGCGUAAAGAUAAGGAGAGGGCUAUGGAGGAGGCGCUCACGUCGGUGGGCGGCCAAGGCGGAGCGGGUCCGAAGGCAAAGAAGGGGCGGAUGGAGCAUUGGUAUGGCGAGGGGGGGAUGUCGGCGAAGCGUGCGGCUGACGAUGCGAUUUGCCUCUUCGUCGCGGGGACGCGCUCGGCGGAGGUCAUUAGCGAGCACCCCCUCUUCCUCAACAUGCUGCGCGCCGUUAGCGCCGCCGGUGCCGGCUACGUUCCGCCCAAGGUGGGCUACGUUGGAGGCGCCGGGUUGCUGGCGUGCAAGCAGCAGAUUGAGAAGGGUUUGUCGCCCAUUACGAAGUCGUGGAAGGAGACCGGCGUGACGAUCGCGAGCGAUAUGAUGAAGGACAAGAGCGGGCGCGCGCAGAUGAACGUCGUCUUCAUCAACGCCAGUGGAGCGGUUUUCAAGGAGGCGUUCGACUGCAAGGCGGAGACCAAGACUGGGGCGUUCAUCGUGAGCGUCCUGCAGCCGCUGAUCGAGAAGCUUGGACCGGAGCACGUCGUCGCGAUUUGCACGGACGGCGGCAGCAACUACGUGUCCGCCGGCAAGCUGCUGCAGAAGAAGUACCCGCACUUGGAGUUCGUCCCCUGCGCCACCCACGUGCUCGACCUGCUGUUGGAGGACUUCGGCGGCAUGGAUUGGGCGCAGGAGGUCGUGUCAGUUGCCACCGACAUGAUCACGUUCCUGCGCAGCCACACGUGGACGCGUGCCUUCCUCCGGUGUCCCGAGCUGCACGGCGAGAAGAAGUCGCUGCAGCCGCUGCGACCGGCGGGCACACGCUUUGGGACGCAGUACAUUGCCGUUUCCCGCCUUAAGGAGAUUCGCCAGCACCUGGUGAACAUGGUGACGCACACGGACUGGGCCGAGAAGGGGAGGAAGCAGCAGACUGGAACUACUUUUGAGAAGGCGGUGAUGGAUGUGGAGUGGUGGGGCAAGGUGGACACCUUCGUCAUGGUGAUGGAGCUGCCGUACAAGUUGAUGAGGAAGACGGAUGGGCCAGCGAAGGGGAAGAUGGGAGCAUUGUACGACAUGAUGCUGCAGCUGACGGUGGACCAGACGGAGCUGUUGGAGAGGGCGGAUUGUAAGCUUAAGGAGUCGGAGAAGGAGGAUUUGCUGGAGCAUUUGAGGAGGCGAUGGGAUGAGAGUCUGGCCUGCCCUCUUCACGUGGUAGGCCGGAUUCUUAACCCGGUCAACCAGGAGGAGGGGAUAUACCUUAAGGACAGGGAGUGCACCAGGGUGAUGAAGGCGUGGCUGCAACGCUCGAGGGCCUUCGUCGACAAGUAUUGGAAGAAGGACGGCGAGCGGGAGGGAACGAUGUUGGCGCUGCAGGAGGGGAUGCUGGCGUACAUUGAGGGCAAGGGGGGGUUUGGGUCGGAGGAGGCGGUAGCGAGCCGUGCGCAGCUGAAAGAGGGGAAGGGGGACAUGGCGGCGUGGUGGAAGGUGAAUGGCUGGGAGUACCCUGAACUGGCAGGCCUUGCGCAGCGUGCUGUGUCACAGGCCGUUUCCGCCUCUCCAUGCGAGCGGGGAUGGUCUGUGUGGGAUGGGGUGCACACGGCGCGCAGGAACAGGCUUGGGUCGGAGAAGGUGCGCGACCUAGUGUUCGUGGCGCACAACUGGCCGGUUGUGCACGGCCACCACCAGGCCGCAGCUGGUGGAGCAGGGCCAAGUGGGGGAGUGAGGAGGGCGGGGGUGGUGGAGGGUAACAUUCCCACCCCUCCCCUCCCCGAGGGAUACAAGUUGGAGGAGGACGGGGAGAGGGAGGUGGACGAGGACGACCCGGCAGUCGACGAGUACAAGGACCAGGAAGCGAUGGACGAAGAGGAGGAGAAGGAGAGCGAGGAUGAUGGGGAUGCGUGA